AUGUCGGAAGGACAAGACCUAAACACCGUGUUGCAAGGACUGUCAGCGCAGAUCCAGUCCCUGCAGAGAGCACAAGCCGCAACAAACCGGGAAUUGGAGGAAACAAAGUCCAGGUUGGCCGCAGCACAAACGGACAACAUGAAGGUUUAUGCAAAAGCCUUUCUGCUGUUUACAAUAGUGUGUGUCACAAGAACCAGCGUCACAUUCAAACUAUACAGAAGUGAGUCAAGCUUCCUCUGCAACAAUGAAAUACUCUCAGAGGCAAAGAAAGGUGAUCUAUUGGAUGGCUCAGCUCCAAGCAGAGGAAACUUAAUCUACUUUCCAAAAGAGGGAGUUUCUUCAGUGGAGGAGAGAGAAAAAAGGACGUUUCCAGCUUCUCGUUAUAAAUACCUCACCCAAACACAACUGAAGGGAAAGAUGUAUCAAAACAGUGCUAAAAGUGACCGCCGAACCAAAUUCACUUUGUCCCUAGAUGUGCCAACUAAUAUCAUGAACAUUCUUUUUAAUAUUGCUAAAGCUAAAAACAUGCGAGCAAAGGCAGCUGCAAAUGCUCGUCUGAUGGCUCAGAUAGGCCGAAGAAAGUAA